CAAUUAGUUCAAUCAACGCGGAGUUGCUUUAACCCCAAGUUAAGCGCGCGCACAAGGAUACAUAAAGCCCUGAUUAGUGGAGCACAGAUUAAGCGAGUCACCAUGGAGACGGAGGGAAAGAAGGCGCGGUCAAUGUAUUUUACAGCGCUUGAGGCCGAAAUUCUGAUGGCAGCAUAUGCCGAUAACAUGCAAAUUUUGCGGAAAAAAAGUAACACAGCCUCAGCUGCAAAAGAAAGGGAGCAUGCAUGGCAAAACAUAGCCGACAGAGUCAAUGCGUGAGUGUUAAUUUAAACAUUGAUCUAGGGAUUUCCACCCAUUUAACACGUUAUUUUAUUAUAUUUCAUUUUAUCUUUUAUUUUAUACAUUUUAUUUUGUGAUGUGAUGUGAGCGCAGGUGCAACCCAACAGGCCCCAAACGUUCCCGGCAGCAAGUAAAAAUGAAAUAUAAAAAUAUAGUCCAAACAGGUAAGGUGUAAUUGUAUUAUGAGCCAUAGUGCUUGGUCUGUUUGUCCUAUGUAAAUCAAUUGCAGUUAGAGGCUACAUUAAUUUUCUUUCUAUAAGCACUUAUUGAAAUUAUCUGAGCACAUUACAAGUACAUAUUUGCUUACUCUGUAUGCUCAAAUGUGACCCGUUAUAGCCAACAGAAAAAAAGCAGAGGCCUGAAAAACAGGUGGGGGUCCUCCACCACCACCACUCACAGAGGCUGAGCAGUUGGCCCUCAGCCAAAACAGUGGGCGCCCUGUGGCUGAAGGCAUCUCUGCGGGGACAUCCUCAGAGUCAAUAACCCCGCAAGACACAAGUGCCUACAUAAGAGGUAAAUUCAAAAUAAUACAUGAUGUGCAUACAUCCUUUCUUCACAGUCACCUUUGCAGUGCUACUCAAUCAUUUGAUAAACUCUUUACCAUAAUGAAUUAUUUUGUAGUGAAGUUAUUUUCCUACUGAUUUUGCCUUCCCUCAGUCUUGGUUGUCUUUGAGAGCAUAAUGACAAUGAAGUGUAAGGUGAUUGGUAUAUGUUUGUUAAUUGCCAUUUGGUCCCUUGUAAGUUAUAAGUGACCUGUAAACCUCAUAUUCUAUCAGUUGAUGGUGAUGGUGUACUGCAUCUGGUGCAGCCUCCUGUUGAGCCAGACCAACAUGCAGUUGUGAGUACUCUUAAUACUCCACAGAUCAUAUGAGUUUACAGUAGAACAGCAAUGUUGUUAAUUUCUUUACUACAGGAAAAUAAUGAAGAAACAUUGACAGCUGUUACAGAGGAGGAAGCAACAGAGACACUUUAUGAGCUCCCUGUAAAGCAGCUGUACAAGACCUAUUUGAUCAAGAAAAUUAAAAAAUGCGACUUGGAAAUGGAACACUUCAAGCAGCAGAUCCAAAAGACCAAGAUUGAGAUUUUACUGCUGGAACAUCAGUUAAGGGAAAUGCGGAUUCAUUCGAAGAAGAAGAAUAUUGUUGUGGCAGUGCUGCUUGUCAUUGGGGGAUUAUACGUCAUUAACCAUUGUGACUUCCUGGCUGUCUUUGCAAGGUCACCUGAAACAGUUCAUCAUAAGUUAACAUGGCAAGCAGACAGGCUUGUUAGUAUGGAGUCCUGGAUUGACCAGGCAGAUUAUCUGAGUUUCAAUGUGUCCUAUCAGCUGCUUGCUGGAGUGCUGCCUACUCAACAGAAGUAUUUAUCUGUUGGAUUAUCCUCAGUAAAGAGGAAGAAGGGCAGCUAUCUGGUCCCCACAUUGAAAUCCAUCUUCUCCCAGUCGUCUCCUGAGGAGCGCUCCUUCAUGGUGGUGGUAGUGCUGCUAGCAGAUUUCGACGUCAGCUGGAGAGUCGACACUGUGAAGGAGAUCAAAUCGGCUUUUGCCUCUGAGUUGGAACAAGGCCACCUUUUGGUUAUCCAUGUUCCCCAGGACUGGUACCCUCCUAUUACAGGUCUGAAGAGGAAUUUCAACGACGCUCCCGAAAGAGUAACGUUCCGCUCCAAGCAGAACCUGGAUUAUUCCGCCCUGAUCCACUAUUGUGCUGGUCUUGGACGGUAUUACCUUCAGCUAGAGGAUGACGUGUUCUCUGCAAAAAACUUCCUCACAACCAUUAAAAAGCGAGUUGAGGAGCAAGAAGGAAAAAAGUCCACCUGGGCAACGUUGGAAUUCUCUGCCCUCGGCUACAUUGGUAAACUCUACAAAUCAGCCCAUCUUCCUCUUUUGGCUCGCUUUCUCUUCAUCUUUUACCAGGAAAUGCCCUGUGACUGGUUGAUGAAUCACUUCCGAGAGGUGAUGACUCAAAAGGAGACCAUCCUUUUCAAACCCUCGCUGUUUCAACACAUGGGAACUUUCUCCUCAUUUCAAGGCACAUACAAUAAGCUGAAAGACAAGGAUUUUGAGGAGGACAUCUAUACCAAUCCAUCAGCUGAAGUUUACUCUGACAUGUCCACCUAUCAGAAGCACUUCCCCAAACUGGCCUGGGAUGCUGGGGAAGGUUUCUUCUGGGGCCGCACCCCAGAAAAAGGAAAUUACUUGACUGUAGUGUUCGCUGAGCCUACGGUGGUGACAGGGAUAUUUGUUGAAACGGGGUCAGGAGGCAAAGACAUCCUGGAGUCAGGUGAGGUGGAGAUGGGUCACAAUGUGGUGGCCACAGACAAAGAGAAGAGUUGUACAGAGUUUGAGUCAGUGGGAGCCUUUGAGAAUGGAAAGUUUAAAAUGCAGGAGUUGGAUAAAAAGUACAGCUCAGCCUCUUCGUGCCUGAAGAUAAAGAUCACAGCUACUCAGAAGGACUGGUUGAUCAUUACGAAAAUCAGAAUCACCACAAAGCCGACUUUACCUCAUCAAUAGACAUAGAUGUUAGUUCUUCCUCGCAGAUUAAAAACUAUUUUGAUCAAAAUAUGCCAAACUGAACUUAGGACUUGUGUGCCUUGUUAAAAUGUUUCAUUUAUCAAACAUCAACUAAGUGCUCUAAGCAAAUUGUCACUUUGAAGCAAGUUUGACCAAACUUUGUGAUGAUAUGUUGUCUCUUCACAGAAUCAAGGAGCUAUAAUCAGACAAUCAACUCCAUGUGUUGUAUGUAUGUACUGUUAAUGCAUUUGGCUAAUUGCAUUGUGUGUGAAACUGCACUCUUCAUUAAUUCAUUGUUUUAAAAUGAAGAAGAGAGAACAUCCAUGUGCUUAUUAUGAGACCUAUUGAUUGUAGGUUGCCACCUAUUGGUCAAUAGGUGGUCAAUGCUUGUGAUGGCUGGCCAACUGCUUUUGCUGAAAUAUUACCUGUUUGUCUCCCCUCACCAGUAUCAGGCCUGCUAUGGCUUUUCUCAUCAGCGGCCUGAUUCAAACCUCAGGCUAGAUCUAUAAAUAGUGUACGUCUGUCACAUGUUACACCAACUACACAGAGAGGAUAAAAGAUGUCAGCUCCCAUUUGCAGUUUGAUCUGUUUUUUGUUUUUUGUUUGGUUUUUUUUGUUUUUGUAAUAGGAAUUUUUGCUUUCUUAAAUACCUCAGCUCCUUUUUCCGAUAAGUACAUAUGUUUUUAUUUGAUUCCGGGGGGAUGCACUAUAAAGGGUAAUGGGUUAACAAGGUAUGUUGAGUUUUCAGUAUCACAAAAGCAGUACAGUGGGUUCUUUCUGUUGGCUCACAGCAUGAAAAGUCUGGGUUCAAAUGUGCCUACUGAAAGCUUGUUUUUUUGGAGUGUCUGUGUAGGUUCUCUUUGGGCACUGUAGCUUCCUCCUCCAAAGACAUGCACGUUAGGUUAACUGGUGGUUGUAAAUUGGCUGCAGGUGUGAAUGUGAGCAUGAGUCAUCGACCAUUUUUCUGUUGGUCUUGUGAUGGACUGGUAACCAUCUCAGGUGACUCUUUGCUUCAGGCUCCCAUGCCCAAAUCUAAAUCUGAUAAGCAGUUAAGAGGAUGGAUGGAUCCCUUGACUAGAUUAAAUUUAUAUUGCACAUCUAACUUGCUUCAGACCAGUUUACACUCUUUCGCAUUAAACUUGGCUGAAAAAAGCAUGCCAAAGUAUCCUUGGGUACGAUACUGAAUCCUGAUGCAUUCAUCUGAAUGUGAGUGUGUAUGAAUGUUACAUAGAAAGCGCUUGAACACUGAUGUGUAAAUGGGUGAAUGAGACAUGUUGUAUAAAGUGCCCAAGUAGAGUAGAUACAAGAACCAGUCUAUUUACCAUUCUACAUGCAGAGUUAGCCACUGUGGCAACCUGUUGUGAAUAACAGAGCAGGGAAAAGUAGCUCUUUCUCUCUGAGAGAAAGUGUCCAUCCAUUAGCCACCUGUUGAACUGCAUGUUUUUAACACAGCCCAACAAAGAUAUGUACUGAAGACACAAAGGUACAUCUUUCCACUGGAACCUGCAUUCAUUCAGCUAAUUAGACAAAUCUGUUUCAAUUUUAGAAUAUAUAACAGAUAAUAAUAAGUGAGAUUAAUUUCACUUUAAUUUGGCUAAAAACUGAAUUUCUGCAUCUACUUCUUUAUAGGACAGUAAUUAAAAUUUAUAGUGUAAGAAGUAGAUUAAAAACAUUCUGUGAGAAUGCCCCUCUUGCUUUUUUUUUUUUUUUUUUUUUUUUUUUUUGCACUGCCAGUUUUCCUUUCAUGGUCUUAUGCCCUGCUUCUGGAUUGAAUUAUGAAGUAUCCAAUCAACCCAUUUCAUGCAACAAAUGAACACAUACCCCAUCUUCUGGGAGCACCCACAGAUUCCAAAUUAAUACAACCUCGAUUAACAAAGAAAGAGGAUAAACACCACAGUAUUUACCAAAACUCUGGCUUCAUCCGUUCAUGGUUUGAUAUAGUGGGAUAUGAAAAUGGGCUGCUUACAAUUUCCCAAUGAUUAGCUUUAUAAAACAGAAUCAAGUACAUACAAAGCUUUACAAAUGUGACAGACUAAAGCUGCAAAAUGCUGCUGAACCUAUCACAAACUCUGACAGUACACUGAACACUUGUAAUGUUACUAACCAAUAGCGUGUGUGAGAGAACAAUGCCUUUUAUUCUUCUCCAUCAUUCAGUAAUGCUGGAACCAAUUACACUGGUCAGCUGACGGAACAAUAAGAGAUUCUUGAUUGGAGUGUCAACUUGACAACAUGUUUUUCAGAGUAGAGGUAAAAGGCACAGGAGAAGUGAAGGGCUGAUGUAGUGGGCAGUUUGAGUGCGAUCAGUAACAUUUGAGGCAACACUAAUAACAUUUCCUUGUAUUACCAUAUUUUUCCUUUUCAUAAUUCACAUGGUGAAAAUGGAUUAAUUACAACCGGUCAACACUAUUACUGUUCAGAUGUAUUUAUUUUUAUAGGUUUCUGUCGUUUUCUGAUGCACUGAGAAAUAAAGGACUGUUCACAGGU